UGACUGCCAAAACUCUAAUAUAAAUUCACAUACCAUGUACCCCCGGUGACCUGGUCAACAUUCACUGCAGCUUGUCAAUAUUCAAUGGUCACAAAUUCUCAGGAUAUCCCUGCACAACCUCCACAAGCAGACAAGGACGAUUCAUCUUUGAGCGCUCAUCUCUGGUUUCCAGAGCCAGAAGCUCAAGAGCAAGCUAUUGCUAUACCUCAGGCAUCCAGUUCAUCUUCACAAUUAAGGGAUCGUUUGUAUAUUGGAAAUCUGCAUCCUACUGUCGAUGAAUAUGCGCUUCUACAGGUCUUCACCAAGUUCGGCAAAGUAUCGAAACUUGACUUCCUCUUUCACAAGACGGGGCCAAACAAAGGAAAACCACGUGGAUAUGCCUUCAUACAAUAUUUGCACGAAGGAGAUGCUCAGACGGCAUUAGAAAACAUCAAUGGGAAGCUAUUGCGGGGUCGUAAGCUGGCUGUCACUUUUGCUUAUCAAGCUCCGCUCGAACAGCCCAGUGGAAGUCGACAAGUGGGUAGGGCGAGAAGAAUUGAUGCGCGACCGACCACUCUGAGUAUGAUAAAAAGUGGAAUCCAUACUCGGUCAGAAGGUACGGAUAACAAGAUUGCGACGAUGGAGGCAAAGUUACGCCAGAUGGAAUCAAGCACCACCAAUUCGUUUAAUUCGUUGCCACCAAAACCACCGCCAUCGGCUGCGUUAUUAAGUUCGGCCUCAAGGCAGUGUCUUGGUUUGAAGGGUUCUCUCUCUUCCAGAAAUCCCGCAGGCUCAACCGUUCGGCGUCUUACCGCCCGCGUGGAACCUAUUACUCACUCAGGGCUUUCUGCGGACGAUAAUAGCACACCUUCAGCAUCGCUACCGACGCUCAAUACUCAACCAGAGGUCGCCAAGCCAUACAUGUCUUGUAAACGCAUAUUACCCGGUGUGAAGAUCAUCAAAGAACGUAGUAAAUGAAGACCUCUACAGUUGACACUUGCCAAUGAGAUCGUUACGAUGGUACAAAGCCUUUCUCACCAGAUUCGUCAUACAUCUUAGCGCACUUCCGAGUUGUCAUGAUGUAGUCCCGUAUGAAAUAUACUGUCAGCACGGUCUGAGAGUUCUCA